UUCUACAGCUCUCAAAAAAGAAGAGAAUCGUACAUGUAAGUGUUUACAAUCAGCUCAGCUACACUUUCUAUAAUGGCAUUAUCUUUUCAAAACAUCAGCAACUUUAGCCUUGAAAUGGAGAAGCAGCAAGACCUGGAGAGAAACGAGAGCCUUGCCAACAUUGAAGUCGCCCUUCUGUGCGUAAUAUUCCUGUGCGCUUUGGGCUUAAAUUCGGGGAUCCUCGUUAUCCUCUGGAAGAGACGAAAGCAGGUUUCCAGAAUGCGCGUUUUUGUGCUCCACCUUUGCUUGGCAGAUCUCGUGGUGGCUUUUUUUCAAGUUUUCCCACAACUUUUUUGGGACAUAACGGACAGAUUCGUUGGCCCCGACGUGGUUUGCAGGCUGGUAAAGUAUUUGCAGAUUGUAGGCAUGUUUGCUUCGACAUACAUGAUUGUGGUGAUGACCCUGGACCGCUACCAGGCGAUAUGUAAACCCAUGGUGACUUUCCAAAGAAAGAGAGCUCGCUGGAACGUCCCGGUUUGCGUGGCUUGGGGCAUCUCUUUGGUCGGAAGCCUCCCUCAGAUGUUCAUAUUUUCCAAGGUUGAAGUUUCACCGGGAGUGUUUGACUGUUGGGCUCAGUUUAUAGAGCCGUGGGGACUGAAAGCGUAUGUGACGUGGAUAACACUGGUGAUUUUCAUUUGUCCGAUCCUUACCGUGAUAGUCUGCCAGGUGCGAAUCUGUCGAGCUAUCCAGAUAAACCUGUACACCAAGACGCAUCAGCACAAAGAGAACGCUGCUAAGAUACCCCUUCCUUCAAGGGCUAGCAGCAUCACAGGAGUGUCUAAAGCUAGAACCAAGACUGUGAAAAUGACAGUGGUGAUUGUAAUGGCAUACAUCUUCUGCUGGGCGCCGUUCUUCAUCGUACAGCUGUGGUCUGUCUGGGAUGAGAAUGCCCCCACAGAAACUGCUACAUUUACUAUCUUAAUGCUGCUGGCAAACCUGAACAGCUGCGCAAACCCCUGCGUCUACCUGCUCUUCAGCGGCUCGCUGCCGAAGAGACUAGCCACUCUGCUCUGCACAGGACGUCCCAGUCUGAAGGAGUCGGUACCGGAAGAAACCACAGUCAUCAGCACCGUCUACCUGAGUCUAAGGAGCCUCUCCGACUGAAGAUAGAUGACCUUUUCUUUAAGGGCAGCUGUAUAUAGUAUCAUUGUUUGAGUUGCAAACGACUUAAUUCAAAUAUAAAUAUAGUUGUUGUUUCUGAAAUACAACACGCAUAUAAGAGAUAUGGCUGCUGCAGGUUGUUUUAAGUGUUAUGUUUUAAGUGAUGUAUAUGUUUACAGUGUGGAGAUUAGUGCAUGCCUGUUAGACUGAACAUACAAGAUACCGUCACACGUUGAGUGUAACAAUUUGUAAAGGAUCUGCAAAACUAGUCAAUGUGCCUUCUUAAUUGACGAGGAAUAAUCAUCCAAUUGAUAAAUGCUGACAUGGUCCCUUGCUGUGAAUACAGAAACGGACCGGCACUGCAUAGUGACUGUUCUUCACUCAACAUUGACAAUUAGCCUCAAGCAAGGUCAACGAAAUAACGUUUAGUUGUAUAAAUUUAGUGAGUGGCGUCUCGUUUAUGAGCUUUGAAAAUACAAAAUUGUUUAGCCUAAGUGCUUAGCCGCCAUUAUUGAGGAAAUGUUACCCUUGAGAAAACUUGGAUUGUAAAAUAAACACAGUGUUACAUUUAAUUUGUAGCCCGUUUCAGCUGUGUCGCUUUACUUUGCAGAUUAAGAAUAGAUAAAUUUGACAAAAUAGCACUGCUGUCCCUACCAGUCAAACAGAAACGUUUAAGAAUUAAACAUAACUCUUAUGUAACAGAUUUUAAACACACCUUUGUGUUAAUUUUAACUAUUUGAGAAUAUACUUUAGAAGCACAAAGACACAAGUGUAACCAAACUAAAAGUAUAUAAAGGUAUUUUACAAUGCGGUUUUACCGCCAUGCACUGGUCAGACAAUACCUUAACCUUCCAGAAAUAACAAAGCGGCUUUGUAAUAAUAAUUUAGACGUUACGCGCUGAGCUAAAUAUCAAACAUAUUUAUUUCUGAGUAGACACCUA